AUGGUGCUGAUCAAGGAGUACCGAGUCGUCCUGCCUGUGUCUGUAGAGGAGUACCAAGUAGGACAGCUGUAUUCUGUGGCUGAAGCUAGCAAAAAUGAAACAGGCGGUGGAGAAGGCGUGGAGGUCCUGGUGAAUGAACCCUAUGAGAAGGACGGUGAGAAGGGCCAGUUCACACACAAGAUCUACCACUUACAGAGCAAAGUGCCUGGGUUUGUUCGAAUGCUGGCCCCAGAGGGAGCCCUGAAUAUACAUGAAAAAGCAUGGAAUGCCUACCCUUAUUGCAGAACCGAAUGA